AUGGCAUCACAAACCCCACAACACUCUCAUUUCCAUGAUUCCCUUCCUUUCAUGGCCAACAAGCUAGGUGGAGAUGGUCUAAUAGAUGAACUCUGUAACGGGUUCAACCUCUUGAAGGAUUGUGAUAAAGAGGUCAUCACUUUUGAAAGCCUGAAGAGGAAUUCAGCUUUGUUGGGAUUAAAUGGUUUGAGCGAUGAAGAUCUUUUUUCCAUGGUAAUGGAAGGUGAUUUUGAUGGAGAUGGUGCUCUUAACCAAAUGGAGUUUUGUGUUUUGAUGUUUAGAUUGAGCCCUGAACUCAUGGAGGGGUCUCAAUUGUGGUUGGAAGAGGUCCUUCAACAAUAA